UUGGAUACAAAAUCAACUCGUAUAUUAAUAGAUAAGGGUAUGGCAUUGGAUACAAAAUCAACUCGUAUAAGAUUGAACCAAUAUAUUGAUUGUUUUACGUGGGCUUGUGUGUGUUACACAUAUCUUUUUUUUUUUUUUUUUUUUUGCAAUUAAAUUGGGUAUAUAAUAAGUUAAAUUUAAAGACAAUUGUUAACUAAAUAUAAUGUCAUAGGGACUUCAGGUGCUCUAUUUUGGAUCGUAUUAAUUGGUUGGUCAAGUAAUAAUAUUCCUUCGGAUGUGUAAUUCUAUACUCAUUCUUCUUAUCCGUCAUGAUCAACUGAACAAAUUAAAACAUUCGCAAUUAGAAGGUGACCAUCAUGCUGAGAUCCCAGCACAUUUUCUCAUUUUGGAUCGUUGGAUAUGCUUCAACAUUUUUGGAACCGUUAGAUGCUUUUGCUGCCGAGGUAAGCGCCCGGGAUGAAGGUAAAUCAGACCGAGGAGUUCAAAAAACACCAACAAAGGAGAGACGGGGAAAGGGGGACACCGGAGCACCGAAAUCCGACCGGUCUAAAACUGUAUUCGCCAUUGUUUGCUUUUCGUCUUCACCAGAAAAAAUCUCAAUUAAAGUGGUCACCGAAAAGAAGGCCCAACCUUUGACCAUGACUUCGCUGGGCGAGGGAAUCAAAAAGCAAGCAGGCAAAGAGCCGAAGCCGCAAAAUUUGACGUCGGGAAGCCGAAAGCACGGGACGCCACGUCACGAUCCAGAGGAAUGGUCCCCUACAAAAAAGGUUCUUUCCUUGUCGUCAUCUCGUGGCAUUGGGAAGAGGAGCGGCCGAUCACGUCAUAUUUCACGCGGCUUACGUUAGGCUCUUUUUUGGACUUUCAAUUAUUUAUUUAUUUAUUGUUAAAAAUGAAGAAGCUUCGCUUAUAUUUGUCG